UUAAAUAAUACAACUAAAAUGCGAAUAAAAGCUCCUCCGAUGAGAUCCAAAACGCGAAGCUCGUGGAGCAACGUCCUCUCCGAUCCCCAUGGAGGAGAAAGGAGACGAACCCGCGGCGGCGCCGGAGCCCACGGCGGCGCCGGAACCCGCGGUGGCGACGGCCGCGGCGUCGGCGGAGGAGACGGAGCCCACGGCGGCGACGGAGGAGGCGGCGGCGGCGGCGGCGGCGGAUCCGGACUUCGUGAGCUGCCUCCUCCAGCCGCCGAUCACCCACCACAACGCCGACUACGUCGCCAUCCGCCGCCUCCUACUCCACCGCAAGGCCCUCUCCUCCGCCGCCGCAAUCGAACGCCGCAAGGAUUGGAGGUGCAAUGGGAGAGGGUACGUGGCGUACCGCAACUUCCUGCGGCGGCCGAAGAACUGGGAGAGCCAGACGAGCCAGCCGAGCACCCCGGGCCACAGUGGACGCUGGGCUUCAUUUUCUGCUCCCCAAUCUUUACUGUUUGAGACAGAUAGCUGGAGUUCUAGCAGAGAUUUGAGAAGUAACAGCCAAGCUUUUAGUCGACGUUUGAGUUUUGGCUCAAGUAUCAGUGAUUCGGAUCACCAAACUCGAUUUGCCGAGCCUGCAUAUUCUUUUGUCGGAAUGCAUUGCAUUUUUGACAACUGCAAAGCUUCAGUUGUUAUUCUGAAAUUUGGACACAUGAGUUCGGAUCUACUUGCCUAUGGCGCAACCGAUGGCAGUUUGACGAUCUGUCAAGUUUCUGAGCCGCCAUCUGUCCUUCAACAAUUAAGAGGACAUUCAAAAGCCAUCACAGAUUUUGAUUUUUCAUCCAACAACCAGUACAUUGCUUCGUCUUCAAUGGAUAAAACUGUGAGAGUAUGGGAGAUUUCUAAAGGUCAUUGCAUUCGGGUAGUAUAUGGAGUUUCUUCCCAACUGUGUAUUCGUUUCCACCCGGUGAAUAAUAACUUACUUUUAGUUGGCAAUGCAAAUAAAGAAAUCAGUGUGAUUAAUUUUAGUACCGGUAGAGUAAUUAGUAAACUCCUCUUUGAAGAUAAGAUUACCGCCAUGGACAAUGAUCACACCGGCCAGCUUAUCUUUGCUGGCGACGCUCAGGGAUACAUAUACACGGUUAGCGUGAACUCCCAUACAGGGUCAGUAUCAAGGUCCCACAAGAAUAAGAAUAGCCGGAGCAAAUCUCCAAUCACAACUAUCCAGUACCGUACAUUUUCUCUUGUGGCCCGCUGUCCUGUAGUUCUUGUAUGUGCUCAAGACGGAAACAUUUGCUUCUUCAGUGUUGCAUUGGAGAUUCAAGGGUACCUAACUCUUCUAUGCUCUCUAAAAUUGGCUCCCCGUGUGCACAGUAUUCGUGCUUCUUUCUGCCCGCUUCUUUCUCUUGAGAAAGGGGAAUUCAUAGUCUCUGGCAGCGAGGAUUCGAACGUUUACUUCUAUGAUUUGACUCGGCCGAAGCAUGCCUGCGUGAAUAAGCUACAGGGGCACGGUGCUCCAGUAAUAGGAGUCGCAUGGAAUCAUGGCGAAAAUUUGUUGGCCUCAUCUGAUUCAGAUGGAACUGUAAUCGUGUGGAAGCGAGCGAAAGAUUAGUUAGAAGGGUCGUUAUAUAGCAAAAGCAUCAUUUAUACAUGGCAUUUUACUUUCUAAUCUCCACAGAUGUAGCAGUGAAACUAGCAGUGAGACACAAGAAGGGGUUUCUUUUUGUUUCCCAAAGAAGAUCAUAGUUGCAGCUGCGUUUACGAAUCUCGACCAGAGUGUAAAGCACCUAGUUCUUAUUGUUUGUAUGUUGUAUUAAAGGAGUUGCAGUGGAAUGCUAUAAGUAGCAAACGGAUUUUGUUGUCAUCCAUUUGUUUUGGAUGAUGGAGGCUCCGAAUCGACGAUCGGCACCGUUGAACAUGAUCUAUAUUACUUGAAGUAUAUAGAAAUCAAAUUUUAAAUCUUUUCGAUAUUAUUGACUAAUGAUAAGAGGGAUUCAAAAUUUAUAAUUUUAACGGUUAGUAUGAGAUGUUUUGUCGUUUAAUAGCAUAAACUAUCCAAAUCAAUUGAAUUUUGGUUAAAUUUUUUUUAGCUAUUUAAAACAAGAUCUAUAUUUUUGAUUUUGAUUAUAAGAUUUCUAUCAUUACUUUUCGAAAGAUAUUUAUUUUCAAUCGUUCAUUUUUUUGUUCACUUGACGGACGAGAGUAUAAUAUCGCAAUAACAUAAAAUUUGGUUCUUGGAUGCUUCAAGUGGUAUAAAUUAUGUUCAACGGUACUGAUCGUCGAUUUGUAGACCUAAUCAUCGAAAAUAAAUGGGUAGCAAUAAACUCCGUUUGCUUCUAAUAGCAUUCCAGUUCAACUUGUAUUAAAGUUAGCUUCUUCCAUUUUCCACGGCAAAAAUUUCAAAUUAUUGGGUGCUGUUUUGUCAACUUAAUAUAUGAUUUUGAAUGAUAGUUCUGUUUUUUCUUUUUUCUUU